UCUUUCUUGAAGUCCUCCAGCAUCAUGAUCAAAUAUGAUUUUGAAACUAGAUCUUGCUUUUCUGGUGUGUUUGGACAUUCCAUGUUUGUUUUGGUGGGAGAAUUGGGCUCCGAUGAUGCCAUGUAGUCUUGGUUUCUGUUGCUUGGGGUCCUGUGCUUGCCUCUCGCCAUCAGAUUAUCUCUAGUGUUACUUUGUUCUGCUAUUUCUGACAGUGGCUAGACUGUCCCUAUAAGCCUGUGUGUCAGGAGUGCUGUAGACCUGUUUUACUGUUUUCUUUCAGCCAGUUAUGGGGACAGAGUGUUCUGCUUUCGUGCGUGUAGUUUUUCCUCUGUACAGGUCUUCAGCUGUUCCUGUGGGCCUGUGUCUUGAGUUCAGCAGGCAGGUCACUUGCAGCAUACAAGUUGGUCUUACCUGUGGUCCCAAGGCUCAAGUUCGCUCGCGGGGUGCUGCCCAUGGGCUCUUUGCGGCGGCAGCAACCAGGAAGAUCUGUGCCGCCCCUUCUGGGAGCUUCAGUGCACCAGGGUUCCAGAUGGCCUUUGGUGUUUUCCUCUGGCGUCCGAGAUGUGUGUGCAGAGAGCAGUCUCUUCUGGUUUCCCAGGCUUGUUUGCCUCUCUGAAGGUUUAGCUCUCCCUCCCACGGGAUUUGGGUGCAGAGAACUGUUUAUCCGGUCUGUUUCCUUCAGGUUCCGGCGGUGUCUCAGGCAGGGGUCCUGCCGCUUCUGGGCCCUCCCCCACGGGAGCCCAGAGGCCUUAUACAGUUUCCUCUUGGGCUAGGGAUGUGGGCAGGGGUGGGCAGUGUUGGUGGUGUCUUCCGCUCUGCAGCCUCAGGAGUGCCCACCUGACCAGGCGGUGAGGUCUCUUUCCCACGGGGUCUGGGAGCAGAGAGCUGCAUAAAUAUUUUUAAAGCAAGAUUUUUGAGUCAGAUAAAUGCUCCCCACAUGAUGGAUAGGAGUAUGUUCAUUGAUCUACCUUUCGUCUAAAGUCUCUGCUGUGCCCCGGCUCUGUGUGAUCAGGAUGGAGCUAAGGAAUGAGACAGUAUCCGAAGAGUCCCAUAAUGGCCAGCUUACUAUCCGGCUACAAAUGAGCUCAAUUCCCUGCUAACGGCGAAUCAUGUGUUCUUGUAGAGAAAGAAGGAAGGAAGGAAAAUAAUAAAUUGAGUAUUAACAUUAAGGUUAGAUGAUUCUUCAGUAAAAAGCAGUAUCUAGCUAGUGAGAAUAUCUAUCUAGGACGCAGGACCACAAUGAUGCAAUCAACGGAGAAACCUAGAGACUCAAAAUGAACUGCUGAGAUCCUUCUGUCCUCAGUUCCUGAGUCCUUGCGCCAAUCAGAAGGCAUGCACUCUCAAAAUGGCCAGUCAUGCUAUUCCGUGACAUUCUCAGUCUCUCUGGUAUGAGGUAAAAUAAUAGCAAAUAUCCUGUGUCCUUCCACAUACUGCCUUUCACAAUAGCAAGGUUGUGAAAAGUGGGCUCUCUUGACGAUAUUCAUUUAUGAAACGUAGCUUAUCUGUCAUAUAAACAGGUGGAAAGAGACAGGUCACCAGUUACAAUUCUUUUGGACGCUCUGUGAAGUGAUUAAGAAACUCUGAACACCUCCACAAUAGGAAAGACAGCUUUCGCAUGAUAAAGCCAGGACUGAAAGACAGACUCUGGAUUCUGAUUCAAUCACAACUCUUAUUAGUUUUAAUACUUUAAAUACGCCAUUGAAUAUGUUAGAGUCCUGGUCUAUUCAUGUAUGAGAUUAAAAUGUGAGAUUAAAAUCCAAAUGAAAUCUAAAGCAGUGGUUUCCAUCUUCAAAGGAACUCAUUAGUAUCCUUUUAUCCACACAUUUUUUUCAUUCUGUGUCAUCUGUUUCUAUGUUUUCCUUGUUUGUUAGCAUGUUGCCUUUUCAAUAUUACUUUAGCAAGGCACUUCAGAUUUUUCUAAGACCAGUUUUUAAUCUGUGGCAGAAAAACUAAUUGAGGUAAAUACUUUCAUAAUGUUGGAUAUCCAUUUUAUAAUUUGAUAAAAUUUUUUACAUGUGUCUGUGCCUGUGCACCCACAUGUGGAGGCAUGUGUAUAUUAAACAUCUAAAUGAUGUUCAUAUAUACAUUUAUACACGUAUGUUUCUAAGCAAAAACAUAUUAAAAUAAUAUGAAUACAUCCAAGGGUUAUAAAUCCAUAGGCUAGAAGCAGAGGAAACAUGUAAAAUUCUACACGUACUCUGUAAGGCAGUAAUUUCUCCAAACAAAAAUAUUGACAUUUGCUGGGAUUGGCUAGAUAGGUGUCUCACAAAAGACAGAAGCCAGAAUUUGGACUCUGCAGAUUUCAGUAGUUCUUAGAGAAAAGCAGUGUGUUCCAAGCAAGGAAAACAAAGUGUCGGGGGGGGGGGGGUGUGCGUCAAUGGUGUUGGUCGGCCAGCUUUGUGUGAACAAACCUUCAAUGACUCCCUGAAGAGUCGCCAAGCAAACUCUCCACAUGUGGUGUGGCAGCCAUGAGAAUGAGAAUGAAUUGUCCCGCCUAUGUGUGCCUUAAGGAACUUACAAAUACGAGUCUACCAGUUUCUAGAAAAGCUCAAUACAGCAGCUGACUCGAACACUAGUGGAAAGAGACCCUUGUUGCACAUAUUUCUUUUAGCUCUCACUGUGAUUCUUUCUCUGUGUAUAGACAUUGGCGAAAGGAAAGUCUGUGACAAUUGUUUGGACCAUUCUUCCCUCAUAAGCUGAGAAUGACAACACGGCCAGGGAUGAGAAGUGAUGGGAUCCCUGCAGUUGUUUUUCUUUUGAUUGUCUUUAGGAAAAUCUAUGCUCGCUUUUAAUCAUCUUUGAAAACAUGAGAAGUUUCUAUUCGUGUGUGACCGGGGACAAACUCCAGGGAAUUAUAACCACAUCCUGUAAGCUGAAGCAUGAUCAUAGGAGAUGGAACUCCAUCACAGUAUCCACAUUAUCAGUAUCAGGUGAACAUACUUGUGGAGAAUGUUCCUUUUUAAAUAAUGAAUACUUUCUGAAUGGUGCUAUGCCUUUUAACUCCCCAUGCAUAUUUGAAUGCACUAACACAGGACAACUCAAGAUUGUCCUUGGCAGAUUGGAGGCCUACCUUUCGUCCUUCUAGGAACUAAGUCAUCUUUUAGCUUCCGGAGAGACAAUGCUACAUGUUCAGUCUGCGGAGCCAUCUGGCUUGGAAUGACUAUAUAUAUAUAUAUAUAUAUAUAUAUAUAUAUAUAUAUAUAUAUCCAUUGAAAGCAUGAAAUUAGUAAGGGACAGUCAGGACUAGGAUUGAAUAGAAUAAAGAAAAGGGAAUUGGCUUGUAGAUGAUAGGAAUGGGAUCAUUAACAUUGGCAUGAGUUUUAAAGAGAAGAUGUUGAAAGGAGGUGGUACCCACUAAAGUGCAUGCUUGUGUGGAAAUGUGGUGGUUUGAAUAUGCUUGGCCCAGAGAGUGGUACUCUUUGUAGGUGUGGCCUUGUUGGAGCAGGUGUGGCCUUGUUGGAGGAAGUGUGUUGCUCUGGGUGUGGGCUUUAAGACACUCUCUCUAGCUGUCUGGAAACCAGUAUUUUCCUAUCAGCCUUCAGAUGAAGAGGAAGAGUUCUUAGUCCCAUCAGCACCUUGCCUGCCUGCAGGCUUCCAUGCUCCCAUCUUCAUGAAAACAGACUGUACAUUUGAACCUGCAAGCCAACCUCAAGUAAAUGUCCUGAUAAGAGUUGCCUUGGCCAUGAUGUCUGUUCAUAGCACCAAAGCCCUAACUAAGACAGAAGUUUGGGAUAAUGGAUAAGAAACCGUACUGUACUUCAACAAUUUGUUGUAGUUACACCACCUUUGCUAGUUUUACUGUUAAGACGUGUGAGCAAAUCUCAAUGAGACUUGGCAGAUGAUGGAGUGGGAAAAGCAAGAAUCAGAAGAUAAAGCCAAUUUACCAGGAAAGAACACAGAAAGUGGUGGGAUUUGAUUAAAUUUAUAUUGUCGUGAAUCUUCUGGUUCUGUGGAGAUUUUUAACCAGUCUAUUCAGUAAAGAUGUUGUAGAAGCUAUCGUGUCUGUUACACUGUGAAUAAAUAGCAUAGCAACAACAAUGGAAACAGGAUGUCAGGCAUCUGGAUAAUUCCUAUUAUGUCUGGGAUUCUUUACAUGUAAGUGGGAUUACCUGUCCAUGAAGACUCUGAGGCUUAAUUAUAUUUGUAAAUAAAGGUUUAGGCUGUAGCUUGGGACUAUUCUUUGUAUAGAUCACAAUCUAAUAAUCCCAUUUAUUCUUUUCACCAUCUUGCUACGUGGCUAGUUACCUGGUCCUCAGUUUCAUGUGAUGUUCUUCCUCUGUGUCUAGAUGAAUCUCUCUAUGUCUGAUUCAACCUCAUAAUCUUCCGAUUGAUCCCACCUUCCAGUCCUAUCUGAGUUCAUUGGCCAAUAGCUUUUUCUUGGUAGGUGAAUGCUUUUGCACAGUGGACAAGAAAUUAUCUUUAUAAGGGAAGAAAAUGCCUAGAGUGUAUCUCAUGUCUUGGCUUCUCUAAUUUUCUUAGAACAGCAGAAGUUAUAGCUUUUCUAUUUAGCAAUCCAUGACAACAAUAACAACAAAAACAAACAAAUAGAACAACAAACAAACAAACACCCGAACAGUCCUGAGAUGGAGAGAGCUCUUCCAAGGCUGGAGAUGAAUAGAUAUUUUUAAUUUUGUCUGCAUGUAGGGUUGACUGAUUGCUAGUCAUCCAAGGGUGCCUGCCUCUUGCAGAGCUUAUGAGCUGGUCAGUAUCUGAUUUUCUAGAGCAAAUGUUUCUAAUGCUCCAGAAUAGUAGUGCUAUGAUCUCCAUACUAGCACAUUAUAUUGACUUUUUUAAGAACUGUAUAUAAACCCUAUAUAGAUGGUCAUUUCCAUGAUAUGCUUACUGCUCUCUGUUGCUGGUGUCAAUUAUUUGACACAAAUAUAUAUUUGUUACUUAACCAAAGGAGGAUAUCCUCAUCAUCACCAUCUGUCCUUUCAAUAGAAUCUUCUUGGUAAGCAUGUGCAUGUUUUCACUAUGUCUAUGUGGAACUUGUUAAUCCAACUCCUAGUCCACUUCAAUUUCUACUUCACCACCCUUUCAAAGACAGAAAUCUACUGGAAAUAUUAAUCAUAGUCUGACACACCUACUGAGUGGCUGGUCUGAAGAAUGUGCCAUUAAAUAAAGUGUAUUCAUUCAUACAUGUGAAAGGGGAAAUUGUUUAUCUUCUGUAGAUGUAGAUUUUAAGCAGUUAUUUUGUAUUUCUCUUCUACCUCAAAAGAAACUGUGUCUUCUUAAGUUUUAUGUCAAGACAUACUUAGAAAUAAUAUUUGAAAGAGAUAGAGUUAAGGAAGUGGCAAGUCCAAACCCAAUGGCCCAGGUCACUUACAACUUUGAGUGCCCAUUUGCUUAUUUAUAAGCUGGGGAUCAAUUCACACUUGCUUGUGAUGUUUGAUGUGACUGGGAUAUAAAUUAUUGUGCUCCAGAGCUGAGAACUGGACCUGGCAUGUGGUAAUCAUGUACAAGCUGUGGCAGCAACUAAAAGUAUCCUAGUGACACUGAGAUAGAACCAUUUGUUCCCCUGUACUUAACAUGCUUAUUCAUUUACUGGUUUUUAAAUACAGAGGGCAGGUGCUGCCUUUGGAAUAUGGGUACAUAUUUGAGUCCAUUAUCCUUCUCCAGUGUGUUUUAAUGGCCUCAAAUAAAGGGGCUUCAGUUUCUUAUGUGUAGAUGCUUAGAUCUUGCCCUUAUAAAAUUUAAGAAGCUGCUAGGAUAUUUGAAGGAUAAUGAAAAUUUCUAAUCUUCUAAUAGAUAUUUUGAUUCUAGAAUCUCCUAAAUGGGAAUAUAUAUAUAUAUAUAUAUAUAUAUAUAUAUAUGUAUAUAUGAAUGAUAUAGAUAUAGCUAUAUUUCAAUAAGCAGAUAAGCAAAUUUGCUGCAGGUGGUUUGUGGACAAUUUGAGCAAGGUGACCUUUCAAUUCAUUCCCAAUUAGCUCUUAAGUGUAGAACCCCAUGCUUAUGGGUAAUAAAUGUAAUUUUAAAUACAUUGCAUAACAACCUUGCAAGGUGCACAAAGGUUUAUUUCAGAAGCCAUAUUAACUCCACAUUUGAAUGCCUCUAGUUACUUGUUUAUUGGGCAACUUAAUCUAGAAAUGCUCUUUGAUGAAUUUUCAUCAAUUUUUCAACAAAACUCUGUUGCAAAUGGUGAAUUAUGCAUUAGCAUAUGUUCAUGCUAAUUUAUACGCCACUGACAGAAUUUUGGCAUGAGAUUGCUAACUUAUAAUUAUAUUUUAAAGUUCAUUUAUCCAAGCUAUUAAGAAUUUGGAAUUAUCAUUUAGUAAGCAAUGUGUCUUUUGAACCCAAUGUAAAGAAAACAGAAAAUUCCAUAGUUUUAAGAUGUUGACUUACUUGUCUAAGGACAAGCACAUGAAUAUGAACUAAUGAGAUAAAUGUCUGCCUCUCUUCUCAAUUAAUAGAUUUACAGCCUUGCUUGAUUGUCUGCUGCUGGUGCCUUGCCAUCAGACAUAAAUGCAGAAUGUUGUUACACAAGUCUCUUUUAUGUCCAAACAAUUAUAGAAUAACUUACUUAGGUCAUAGCACUUUAGAUAAAGAUUAUCAGUCAACUAGCUUCUGAAAAUGUAACACAUCAUUGCUUUUUUGAUAUUCUUUGGAACUAAGGCAAAAUUAAGAAUUAAGAUUCCUACAAAGAAGCAAAAAGCAGUCUUUGAAGGGUACCAUGUUCAUAUGCAGAAUACUUUUAUUUAAACAUAAAAGAAUUUUAAGGAAACUUUCUAGAAGUACUGGUAUGCAAAAUAACUUUAGAAUGAAAUAAAUAAAUUGAUAAAUAAAUGACGAUUUUGUUGAUUCAUGGUAUUUAUUCUUCUGUGAAAUAUUAUCACAAACACUUUGACAAGCCCCCAUUCCUCCUAUGAUCAUUGGUAUAAUUUUGUUUCAACUUUUUAGAAACACUUUGAUAAAUGGAGAUUCGGCCUUUUGAAACUUUGUAGUUUAUUAACAAUGAUUAAUUUAUAAAUUUGGAACUACACGAUAUGAUAAUUUUAUUCCAAUACUAGCUUCAUCUACUUGAAGUUACUAAGAUAUAGUCGAAUGUUCACUUCAUCUCUCAGGCCAUGGACAUUACAGUCAAAGAUUGCUCAUGACUUUAGGCUAUGUUCUGGAGGGGCCAUGCAACUUCUCCAGGUGGAGAGGAGAGAGAAAGGACCACAUUUGUUUCUUAUUAGUCCCUUUAUGCUGGAUACUAGUUUCUAAUGGAAUGCUGAUUGGGAAUUAGAUACUUGGUAACAAAUAGAUGGAAGAGUAAGCUACGAAUGAAAAAAAUAGUUCUUGUCAGAGAUGAAUUAACUCCUUAGAAUGAUGUCAACAAGGACAGAGAAACAGUGAGAUUAAGAAGACGUAGCAGUGAUGGAUGAAAAGGAGAGAAGAUGACCUCUCUCCUUAACUUCUGUUGUGUGUUUUUUUUUGAGCUAUGCUAUAUUUAUGAUGCUCAUGUAUCAAUUCAAAACCAUGAUUUCUGCUUACUGUAAUAGCAUAAAUCCAAGUAAAAAAUGUAUGAGAAUAGGGUUUUAAAUUACAUAACUUUAUUGCUAAUACAGCAUCACAAUUGCCAUGAAGACAUCUCCUGUUAAACAGAAUUCAUAUAUUUAUUCUUCUUGUCUGGAAGUUUCAGAGAGACUAUUGUUUUUGAAGGAAACUUUAAUGCGUGAGUUAGGACAAGUUGAAGGAUGUGUCCUAAGGCAGUGCUCAAGGAGAGAGAAGCUUAGCUCAGCAUGGAGCAGAGUUUCUAGCAGGUUUGAUGGAGAGAGGUAAAGGAAGGCUAGUAGAGAGAAAACAGAAACAGAAAAAUGUCGCGCGCCCAAUGUCCCGCCAGCAAGAACGACACGCGGCAACAGGAUUCUUCUGCGAGCAAGCCUUUACUGUGUUACAGCUCUUCUUAGUGUUACAGCUCUCUUGAACAGGGACCCCGAGCAGCAAAAUCGCUCGGCUUAUAUAGACAACGGUAUGCUAAUUAUCUCUCAGGGAUUGGUGGGGCUUGGAUCACCCCACUACUUGUCCUCCAGGGAUUGGCGGAGAAUGAAUCACCUCAUUAGCAUAUUAACGGUCAACUAACACCUGGUGAAUAAACCGCACAUGUGCAGUACCGCUGUUCACCACUAGAGGGAGCCCUAGCAAGGGGACAAGCCUGCACAUGCGCAGUAAGUCGUUUAUAUCCAGACAAGGCUGGAUGUCGGCGCCAUCUUUGUUUCGCCGCGCCGCUCUCUACAGAAAAACAAGAAAAGCACACAGAUGGCUACCAGCAUUCCAGUGUUUCCAAAUUAAACCUUUCACGUCACUUCAUUUUGUGUCUGAACCUUCUGAUGCUGUCACAAUGCGGGGAGGAAACGUCCUGCUCAACUGCUCUGCAGAGUCUGACCGCGGAGUCCCAGUCAUCAAGUGGAAGAAAGAUGGCCUUAUCCUGGCCUUGGGAAUGGAUGACAGAAAGCAGCAACUUCCUAAUGGGUCUCUGUUGAUACAAAACAUACUUCAUUCCAGACACCAUAAACCGGAUGAAGGACUUUACCAAUGCGAGGCAUCCUUAGGAGACUCUGGCUCAAUUAUUAGUCGGACAGCAAAAGUUAUGGUAGCAGGACCACUGAGGUUCCUCUCCCAGACAGAAUCUAUCACAGCCUUCAUGGGAGAUACAGUGUUACUUAAGUGUGAAGUCAUUGGGGACCCCAUGCCAACAAUACACUGGCAGAAGAAUCAACAAGACCUCAACCCGAUCCCAGGAGACUCGCGUGUGGUCGUCUUGCCCUCCGGAGCAUUGCAGAUCAGCCGACUUCAACCAGGAGACAGUGGAGUCUACCGAUGCUCAGCUCGGAAUCCAGCCAGCACAAGAACAGGAAAUGAAGCCGAAGUCAGGAUUUUAUCAGACCCAGGCCUGCAUAGGCAGCUGUAUUUUCUGCAGAGACCAUCCAAUGUGAUAGCCAUUGAAGGGAAAGAUGCUGUCCUGGAGUGUUGUGUUUCUGGCUAUCCUCCACCAAGUUUCACCUGGUUACGGGGCGAGGAGGUCAUCCAACUCAGGUCUAAAAAGUAUUCGUUGUUGGGUGGGAGCAAUUUGCUCAUCUCUAAUGUGACAGAUGAUGACAGUGGGACCUAUACGUGCGUUGUCACAUAUAAGAAUGAGAAUAUUAGUGCCUCUGCAGAGCUCACGGUCUUGGUUCCGCCAUGGUUUUUAAAUCACCCUUCCAACCUCUAUGCCUAUGAAAGCAUGGACAUUGAGUUUGAAUGUGCAGUGUCCGGGAAGCCUGUGCCCACUGUGAAUUGGAUGAAGAAUGGAGAUGUGGUGAUUCCUAGUGAUUACUUUCAGAUAGUGGGAGGAAGCAACUUACGAAUCCUUGGGGUGGUGAAAUCAGAUGAAGGCUUUUAUCAAUGUGUGGCUGAAAAUGAGGCUGGCAAUGCCCAAAGUAGUGCCCAGCUGAUUGUCCCCAAGCCUGCCAUCCCAAGCUCCAGCAUCCUCCCUUCUGCUCCCAGAGAUGUGGUCCCUGUCUUGGUUUCUAGUCGCUUUGUCCGUUUGAGCUGGCGUCCACCUGCCGAAGCCAAAGGAAACAUUCAAACAUUCACAGUCUUUUUCUCCAGAGAGGGUGACAACAGGGAGCGAGCUUUGAAUACAACCCAGCCUGGGUCCCUUCAGCUUACUGUGGGAAACUUGAAACCAGAAGCCAUGUAUACCUUCAGAGUUGUUGCCUACAAUGAGUGGGGACCAGGGGAGAGCUCUCAACCCAUCAAGGUGGCCACUCAGCCUGAGUUGCAAGUUCCAGGGCCAGUAGAAAACCUGCACGCUGUAUCUGCCUCUCCUACCUCAAUUCUUAUUACAUGGGAACCCCCUGCCUAUGCAAAUGGUCCGGUUCAAGGUUACAGAUUGUUUUGCACUGAGGUGUCUACAGGAAAAGAACAGAAUAUAGAGGUUGAUGGACUAUCUUAUAAACUGGAAGGCCUGAAAAAAUUCACGGAAUAUACUCUUCGAUUCCUUGCUUAUAAUCGUUAUGGUCCGGGAGUGUCUACCGAUGACAUAACAGUCGUUACACUUUCAGAUGUGCCAAGUGCUCCACCUCAGAACGUCUCUCUGGAAGUGGUUAAUUCAAGGAGUAUCAAAGUAAGCUGGCUCCCUCCUCCAUCGGGAACACAAAAUGGAUUUAUUACUGGCUAUAAAAUUCGACACAGAAAGACUACCCGCAGGGGUGAGAUGGAAACACUGGAACCCAAUAACCUCUGGUACCUCUUCACAGGAUUGGAGAAGGGGAGUCAGUACAGUUUCCAAGUGUCAGCCAUGACUGUCAAUGGCACUGGACCACCUUCUAACUGGUACACAGCAGAAACCCCAGAGAACGACUUAGACGAGUCUCAAGUUCCUGACCAGCCAAGUUCUCUCCAUGUGAGGCCCCAGACAAACUGCAUCAUCAUGAGUUGGACUCCACCUCUCAACCCAAACAUCGUGGUGAGAGGCUAUAUUAUCGGAUAUGGUGUUGGCAGCCCUUAUGCCGAGACAGUGCGUGUAGACAGUAAGCAGCGGUACUAUUCCAUCGAGAGGCUGGAGUCGAGUUCUCAUUAUGUAAUCUCCUUAAAAGCUUUCAACAAUGCUGGAGAAGGUGUCCCUCUCUACGAAAGUGCCACUACCCGUUCCAUAACAGACCCCACUGACCCCGUUGAUUAUUAUCCUUUGCUUGAUGAUUUCCCCACCUCGGGCCCAGAUGUCUCCACCCCCAUGCUCCCACCAGUAGGUGUGCAGGCUGUGGCUCUUACCCACGAGGCUGUGAGGGUCAGCUGGGCAGACAACUCUGUCCCGAAGAACCAGAAGACAUCCGACGUUCGGCUUUACACGGUUCGGUGGAGGACCAGCUUUUCCGCCAGUGCCAAGUACAAGUCAGAAGACACAACGUCUCUCAGCUACACAGCGACUGGCCUCAAGCCAAAUACCAUGUAUGAGUUCUCAGUCAUGGUGACAAAGAACAGAAGGUCAAGCACGUGGAGCAUGACUGCACACGCCACCACCUACGAAGCUGCCCCAACUUCUGCUCCCAAGGAUUUGACAGUCAUUACUCGUGAGGGGAAGCCUCGUGCUGUCAUUGUGAGCUGGCAGCCUCCCUUGGAAGCCAAUGGGAAAAUCACCGCUUACAUCUUGUUUUAUACCUUGGACAAGAAUAUACCCAUCGAUGACUGGAUUAUGGAGACUAUCAGCGGUGACCGGCUUACCCAUCAGAUCAUGGAUCUGAGCCUGGACACUAUGUAUUACUUUCGAAUUCAAGCACGGAACGCUAAAGGCGUGGGGCCCCUCUCGGAUCCCAUCCUCUUCAGGACUUUGAAAGUGGAACACCCUGACAAAAUGGCUAAUGACCAAGGUCGUCAUGGAGAUGGAGGUUAUUGGCCAGUUGAUACUAACUUGAUUGAUAGAAGCACUCUCAACGAACCACCCAUUGGACAAAUGCACCCCCCACAUGGCAGUGUAACUCCUCAAAAGAACAGCAACCUGCUUGUCAUAACCGUGGUCACCGUGGGCGUUCUCACCGUGUUGGUUGUGGUCAUUGUAGCAGUGAUUUGUACCCGGCGCUCUUCAGCCCAGCAAAGGAAGAAACGGGCCACGCACAGUGCGAGCAAGAGGAAGGGCAGUCAGAAGGACCUCCGGCCUCCGGAUCUUUGGAUACAUCAUGAAGAAAUGGAAAUGAAAAAUAUCGAGAAGCCGGCCGGAACCGACCCUGCAGGAAGAGGCUCCCCCAUCCAGAGUUGCCAAGACCUCACACCAGUCAGCCACAGCCAGUCAGAAAGCCAGAUGGGAAGCAAAAGUGCCUCCCAUUCAGGUCAAGAUACCGAGGAGGCAGGGAGCUCCAUGUCUACUCUAGAAAGGUCCCUUGCAGCACGCCGGGCCACCAGGACCAAGCUCAUGAUUCCCAUGGAGGCCCAGUCCAAUAAUCCUGCUGUCGUGAGUGCCAUCCCUGUACCAACCCUAGAAAGUGCCCAGUAUCCAGGAAUCCUCCCGUCUCCCACAUGUGGAUAUCCGCAUCCACAGUUCACUCUCCGGCCAGUACCAUUCCCAACACUGUCUGUGGACCGAGGUUUCGGAGCAGGAAGAAGUCAGUCUGUGAGUGAAGGACCAACAGCACAACAACAACCCAUGCUGCCCCCAGCUCAGCCUGAACAUCCCAGCAGCGAAGAAGCCCCCAGCAGAACCAUCCCUACAGCCUGUGUGCGGCCAACUCACCCACUCCGAAGUUUUGCAAACCCUUUGCUACCUCCACCUAUGAGUGCAAUAGAACCAAAAGUCCCUUACACACCGCUUUUGUCGCAGCCAGGACCCACCCUUCCCAAGACUCAUGUUAAAACGGCCUCCCUUGGGCUAGCAGGAAAGGCAAGGUCCCCUUUGCUUCCCGUGUCUGUGCCAACAGCCCCUGAAGUGUCUGAAGAGAGUCACAAGCCAACAGAGGAUCCAGCCAGUGUAUAUGAACAGGAUGACUUGAGUGAACAAAUGGCGAGUUUGGAAGGGCUAAUGAAGCAACUCAAUGCCAUCACAGGCUCCGCCUUUUGACAUGCAUUGCCAAACCGUUGAGAUCUUCUGGGAACUUUACAGCAUACCAAUUAUCCAUAAACAGCACACCUGUGUCCAAAAACUCUAAACCAGUGUACAGGUCCACCAUCUGGACCAUCCAGUUAAGAAACAUCUGAAGCACUUCAGAAGAAAUCUGUAACCCAUCCUAGAUGGACAUCAGGAAUCAAAACAAAGAUGGUCAUGAGGUCCCGAAGAUGCAUCUUAACUACAAAGUCAAGGCUGAAGCUGCCUGCAGAGUUCUGGUUCUUUGUCACUGCAAGGACCGUGGUGUCAUGACUAACGCCUACAUUUUCCUUCAGCGGGACCUUUCAUUUUCUGUGUAGGUCUAGUCUCACAAGUGCAUUAUUCAGCCUGUACCGUGCCAUAGCAAAUCAACACAAAGUCACCAUUUCUUUUUCAACUACAGAGCAUCCAUGGUAACUCUCACACUCCAUAGCACCAAAGGAUUGGAUGUUUUCCUGACAGCAUAAAACGGAAAUGAGUGAAUAAGCAAUAGGCAGUGAUGGUUUAUAGCUCAAUCGUUCCGUCUCACACAAGUGGCAGAUGCUAGUGAAUGGGUAUAAACAUUUUACCAAGUUUAGCAAGUAUUUGUAAAUCCAUCUCUGAUUAACGCAUAUGUCUAGCGUGUAGAAACUUAAAAAGCCUCAACUGGCGGCAUCUUGCCAGCAACAACACCUUUCUAGAAGGAGAAUACAAUAUGCAGUCUUCUCAGACACGUGGUGAUUGUGUACUUGAGCUUGUCAUAGGACAUUUUUCGAUUUUUCAGUGGCUUCUAUGCCAUUCCACACUGUGAUGGCCUGUCUGGGUUUCACUGAGGCUUCUUCUUCAGGAGUUUGGCCAGAAGAACUCCGCCAUCCUCCAUCCCCAAUCAUUCCCCUACUUCUCCUGGGCAAGUAGCCUUAGGUAAAAUGGCCAACUCCAUGCAUCAUAUAUCCUGUGUCCCCAAUAUCCCUCUACGGAGAGAGUAGACUUCCUGAGAGCAAGCUCAAAAGAAAGAAAAGGAACAUGAAAAACCAUAUCCCAGAGCACCUUUUCAUGAGUUGAUGUCACUUCCACCGAUAGAAUCUUCAUUGAGCUGUGCCAGGCCACGUUGACAAAUGUUGACCACAGACCCUGUUGGCAAGGCAAUCUUCCAUCCCAUGCCUAAGCCAGAGUCAGGGAGGAGAGAGGGGUGGGCGCCACUUCACAUCUACACAUCAUAACUCCUGUAGGUAUUUUUCAAAGCAGCAUCUUAAACUGUGGACUAGAAUUUUAAACUUCAAUUGCCAUGUAUCUACAGCUUGAAACUAGCUGAAUAUAGGAACAUUCUGUUGCAUUCCCUUUUAGUCCAUGAAUUUUCAGCUGUAUUUGGAGUUAAUCCCUAUUUAUGCAGCUGAGUCGCCAAGAGGGAAUGAGUUUGCAUAUUUAUCAGUUAGGUGACUUGAAAACGCGAUGAGAGUUUCAGCUGAAUUAUUCCUUUCAGCUCUGCCUUUGAUUUCAAGCUUGAGUAGGUCAUAAUUUUUAAAGAGCAUGGCAAAGAUAGGAUCUUUACAACCUAAUAGCUCCUUUUAUUAGGUGGGUAAUUAUAUAUGAAUCCCUGAAUGAAAUAUUUUGAGCAAAAUGGCACUGUAACAGAAAUAAUAAUUCAGAUUAUUUUUUUACAGUUUUAUGUCAGGAAGGAAAUCUGAUGUCAAAGAGAGGGCUUGUUCAAAUGGUUCAUUAGAAAGUCUGGUCCAUUUGCAAAAUGUUUCCUUCAACAAGAGUGCUUGUUCGAUUUACUGAGUUGUUCUUUUUUUUUUUUUCUGGAAGUACUUUCAAAGAACUAUGUGGUGUUAUUCAAUGGAACAGAAUGCUUUUGUUCAAUAUUUGGGCACUGAGGUAGACAACUGUGGACUGACUUGAAGUAAAGCAUUUCUUAACAUAGCAAUGAAUACUUUCAAAAUAAUCUACUACUUCAAACCGGAAAAUGGUAUUAAACUAACAGAACUUUCUCAACAGCCCAGAACGCAUUCCCCUGUCUAUUAUUUUAAAAAGGGAAGAAGAACCACUUUUCAGAGGCAUUUGAUAUCCAUGAGAGACAGCCCAAUUUUCAGGUUGGGGUGUGCUAAAAACCUCAAAUUUCAAACUUCAAGGAAUGAGCUAUACUGAAAGCUGCUGUGUAAACUCUUGUGUAAAGUCAGGAGAACCAGAAUUUUUACAAAAUUCAAAGCCUUUCCAAUCUGUCAGUGAUGUCAGGACAUGGAAUCUUUAAAAGUCACUGAAACUAUGCUACCCACUUCAGUCAGUUACAUUUCCUCCACACUCCUUGAAAAUUUCAGUAAACAAAUAUAAUAGUUUAUUUUAGCAGUUGGUGAUCCUAAUAAGUCGUAUUGUUAUGACUUGAUUAUCCAGUGGAAGCAUUUAUGUGUACUCAGGAGACUGAUUUCAUUAAUUCAGUGAUUUUUUAAACAUAAAAUUAGUUCAAAACAGCUUCUGCAGAGCUCGUGUUCCCAUAACCUUUCCAGUGAUUCGCGUGUAUACAGUAAAGUUGCCCAGGGUUCCAGAUGACAUGUGAAUUCCCAGGUCUGUGACUGGUGUGAGGCAGCGAGGUUCAGUCUAGCUUAUCAAUCUAGCUCAUUCCACACAGGACCCUUUAAACAUAUAAAUCUCUUUGAGUCCCACAGGGUAAAGCUGAACAGGCAGCCAGCAUCUCUGCCACCAGGAGUCAUUCUCUGUGAAUGGGAAAAAAAAAAAAAAAAAAAAAACAUCAAACUUGGCAGGAGGACUCAGGUUUUUAUAAGCUAUUCCGAAACGCAAAGCAAGAGCCUGCUUUUAAGGACUUUGUUAUUUUUCUUCUAUUUCAUUUUGAUAAGAAAGUAAUUUUCAUUCCUCCAGAAAUUUCUGCGUUUGUUUAAACUGACAAAAAUAAAAAGGGCUCCGAGUGUAUUCAAAACAUUUGUAUAAUGCUCUAGACAAAAGUUAAGUAUUUCUUAGUGCUUACAGCCGCCUCCAUAUAGUCGACCCAUAAUCUUCUAGAAUAUUUAAAUAACAUAGCUUCAUAUUUGGCUAUUAUUAAAUAUGUACUCAGUUCAACAACCCAGAUAAAACGUUUCAAACCAAGGAUAUAAGAAGCAAACUUUUGUCAGGGCUUUCUUUUAGGGAUUGGAUGUAACAAUGGUUUGGGUUUUUUCAAAAUAAAGAUUGCUAAUAAUGCGGCCCACGCUUCAUGCUCUGCAAAGGUGGCCAUUCCAAAAGGAGACUGCAGACAACAUGUCUAAGCCAAAGCUUGCCGUUCACUGGCAUUUCCAAGAAAUAACUUCUCAAGCACAGGCCUUUCCAAGAUAUGCUCUGAGUUUGUUCUCAGAGAUGAUUGUUGAAACUUCACUCUCCUUUUGGAGCCUUCUUCUGACUUUGUUUAAAGAAGCAUCUUAAAGUCACCUACAAAGGGAACACAGUGUCUCAGACACGGUAGAUGUGCUGAGUCCCACAAAUGUUACUUCUUAAGAGGCUUCCUACCAUUUUACAUACAAUCUUAGCCUGGGUUUUGGAGGUUUUGGAAUGCCGAUUUCCAGUCAGUGAGGCAAAGAAAAAUGGGAAACACCCAAGUCCUGGAUGAAUUUAAAGAAACCAAAAGUAAUGUGAACUUUAAAAAGAUGCAGAGCAAUAAUAUAGUGUCUAUACAUUCUCUCUUCCUUAUCUGAUCCUCAUUAUGCAAACACAGUUUUAUCUCCACGGUCAAAAUUUAGUAUCAUGGCCUGGUAUCCCUGGGUAUACCUCCUUACCAUAAUUUCAAGAAUAAAGAGCUCAGGGCACCCAGAAGUCACCACACACUCAAAUACAAAUUUCCUUUUCCAAACUGAAAUUCAAAGCAACAUUGUCAUCAUAAACUGAAGCUUUGUGCUUUAGUAUUUCUAGAGUCAUUUGAAUACUUGAGAAAAAUCACACCUAGGUGUUUUGUGUGAUUCCCCAUUGAACUGAACAAAUAUGUCCCCAUAUCUCAGUCUACCUUGUUAGUCAAUAAUUGCUUCCAAAGGGAUUUGAUUUGUCAAAGAAAUGCUGUAUUUCUAGUCAAUGAGGUUAGGGAGGAGACAGUGCAGUGCCCAUAUGAGCAAAUGCGAGUAACUUCUGAUCUGACUCACCCCUUCUGCCAUUGGAUAAUUCUUCACUGGGAAGACUUCCAGCAACGCAGCAACACUCUGAAGGGUGUUUUUCUCUUGCUCUCAGCUUUGUGCUUUACCAUCUUACGAUUUUUAUUUUUGCUUGAUCGGAGAGCAACAGCAAAACUGUGCAAGAAAUAGCAAACAUGGAGGCAUGGGCCAAGGGGAUCUCACUGUGUGUUCGAGGUGUAUUUUCAGAUGCAAGAAAGGAAUGUUGGAGAGGAGGGAAAAAUGUGUUUUUUAUUAUUGUAGGGUAAACCUGACGAUUCUGAACUUUGUGAAUUGUCAGCUUGUUUGGGGGGAACGGGUGGGGUGGGUAUGAGGGGGUACUUUUUAUAAGUAAUAUUUAAUUUAUUAUUUAGAAGUGGCUUCUUUUUUGGAUAAUUUAUGAUACACAGGGAGAAGUGGUUGGGAUCUAGGCAUGUCUGUUAAAGCUGCAGUGUUUUGUAUCUCAGUGCAGAGCGCAAUGAAACAUCCAGGCCAAGCAAAGCCUUCACUAAAAUUCCACCAUCUCUACCUUCUCCCUACGGAGGGUUUCAAAGAAGAUGACGCCAAACCUAAAGUCACUCGGGUAGCAUCUUGCAAACCAGUGCUAUUCAUUCUCUCAAAGGGCUUUGCAACUCAAACUGUUAGUGUGAUAGUGAUGUGGUUAUUUGAUAGAAAUGGGUAUACUACAGCUUUAAUAGCCUUAGUGGAAAGAGAAACUUUUUGUUGUUACAAAACACUUUUUUUUAACGGAAAGGUGUUUUGAGCCCACAAAAGUCUCUUGGGAUUGUCAGACUCUAGCAUUGUUAACCAAAUUAGAGUAGUGAUUGCAAUAUUUAAGUGUAAAUGUUGUUCUAUGAGAAAGGAAGCUUGCUUACCGUUUAAAACACGAUGACUGUUUCUACACACGAACUUGUAUACUACUACACAAGGAAAAGGGGGUUUUGUAAUCACCGUAGAACAGUCUCCUAUUCAUUUUUUUAUAGAAAUGUUAUUCCAAUGGUGCAUUUUUUGUUUAAUAAAUAAAGUUUUGAUACAAAAA